CAACAGUAGAGCUGCAUAUAAGUGAUGAUUAAACAAGAAGUAAUUAUUGAUCAAAAUUUUCGAUUUGUAAAAGAAUCAAAUGAAAACUCGUGCUUUGCAAUUGAUAUCUUAAUAUCGUAUUAUUUAUUUAACACAUUAUAAGACGGAUUCCUUAAGUUUGUAAAGGUCUCCUUCAACCUCGGUAUGUCCUAAAGAAGAGCACAGUGUUCUUUAUAGUGCUCAUCUAUACCCUCAACCAACUACACAAUGUCUCAAGCUCGUGGAUUCGACAGGACGAUCACGGUUUUUUCUCCUGAAGGACGUCUUUUUCAAGUAGAGUAUGCUUUUAAAGCUUUUAAUUUGGCGGGAAUUACCUCUGUCGGCAUAACAGGUCAAAACAGUGGAUGUGUAAUUUCUCAAAAAAAGAUUCCAGACAAGUUAAUUGAUGCUUCAACGGUCAACUAUGUUUUCCCUAUUACUAAAGGGAUUGGUUGUGUUAUGACAGGCUCUAUUGCGGAUGCCCGUGCUCAAGUUUCUAGAGCUCGUAGUGAAGCGGCCGAAUUUGAAUACAAAAAUGGUUAUCCUAUGCCUUGUGACGUUUUAGCCAAGCGUAUGGCAAAUAUUGCCCAAGUUUCUACCCAGCGCGCAUCCAUGAGACCUCUUGGUGUUGCUAUGACUCUUGUUUCUGUUGAUGAUGAACUUGGACCUUCCCUCUACAAAUUGGAUCCAGCCGGUUUUUAUAUUGGCUACAAAGCCACAAGUGCUGGUACUAAGCAAACAGAAACUAUGAAUUGGUUAGAAAAGCGAUACAAAAAAAAUGGUGUUCCACCAAAUUUGGCUGAAACUGUCGAAACCGGUAUUCAAUCUUUAAUGAGUAGUUUGAGUACGGACUUUAAGGCUACUGAGCUACAGAUUGGUGUAGUAGAGGAGAACAAACCUUUUCGAUUGUUAUCUGUCGAUGAAAUCGAUGCACAUUUGCAAAGUAUUGCCGAAAAGGAUUGAGGCGAAUUUGAUCUGGAAAAACUUAGAUAUAAUUAACAUUCUUUUCCUUUGUGAUUUUGCCUUGUGUAUGUGUGCUUCUUAUACCAAUUUCCGGUGUUGCUAAUCCGCUACGUACGUGUUUAUUUCCAUGCCUUCAUGAUAUUACUGUGAUGAAAGUUGUCGUGCAACAAUAAAUCAUUUUAGACCAAUAAACCUUUUUUAUUAAAUCUAGCAUAGCUGUGUAUAUCCUAUUUGCAAUUCUUCCUAA